AUUGAAGUGUUGGAUAUGAUCAAUGAGAAAGGCUUCUCAGCGUAGCCCGUCUUCGACCGCAGUGACCCGACCUCGGCCGACCUUGCGGUGUCUCCCCGCCGCCGGGGGCCGGUAUAUAACCGGCGGCCCGGCGGCAGAGGGCACACUCGACUGCCGUCCGCUGCUCUCUCACCCGCCGUCCCUGCAGUCUGCCAUGAGGUGCCUGCUGUGUGUUCCGCUGGUGCUGGCCGCCGCCUGCGCCGCCCCGCAGGGGGGCUCGUACGGCGCUCCGCCGCCGCUCACCGCCGCCGAAGAGGAGCGAGCGGCCGCUCUGUCCGGCCGACCGCCUCUGCUGGGGGCCGGCGGCAGGCUCGGUCCCCUCGGUGGUCCCCUGGGCCCCCUGGGCGGCCCUCGGGUCGGCCGGUUCGGAGGGCCGCUCGGUGGCCGGCUGCCCAACGGAGGCAACCCGCCCCAGCUGCGACCGGACGGCCUGCUGGACGGGCCCGGCGUGCCGUACAGCUUCAACUGGGCCGUGGACGAGCCCGACUACGGCAACCAGUACGGCCACCAGGAGGAGAGCGACGGCGUGGUGACGCAGGGCGAGUACCGCGUGCUGCUGCCCGACGGACGCACCCAGAUCGUCACCUACUCGGUGGAGGGCGACAGCGGCUUCCAGGCGACGGUGACGUACGAGGGCGAGGCGCAGUUUCCGCCUCCGGGCGCGCCCGGCGGCCUCGGCGGUCCGGCGCCGUUCGGCUCGGCUCUCGGCGGAGGACCCCUGAGCAGCGCGCCCCUCCCGGGAGCAGCCUUGGGCCGUGGUCCGCUCGGACGGGGCCCUCUGGGUCGCGGGCCUUUCGGAGCUCGGCCCCUGCUCGGCGCCGCCGGACGUCCCAUUCCUGGCGUUGUUGGUGGCGAUGUUGACGCCCCGGUAGAACCUAGCACCAGCUACGGUAUCUGAUUCUUGCCACAGCAUAUGACUGUAAUGAAACGGCAGCCGCCAGUUUCUAUUGGUCGAGAGUCGUCAGCGUUAACAGAUGGAGGACGACAGUCGUACUGCUCAUCCCGCAUGAACAGUACUGACUGGAAUCCAGCCGCUGUAUAUGUGUGUGAUUGUUUAUUGUAUUUAUUUACUUUAUUGUGGUGUGGUGACUGGUAUAAUAUAUGGACAACGGAUAACAUACAA